AUGCUGAAGCUGGGAUUUCAGGGUCUGCUUGUGACCCUUCUUUAUUCCUCUACCACGGAUACCAUCAUCUGUGUUCUUGUCUACGUAGAUGACAUCAUCGUCACCGGCAACAAGCUCUCUGCGGUUCAGUCUCUCAUCUCUGAUCUCUCACAGUGCUUUGCAUUAAAAGAUCUUGGUGACUUGCAAUUUUUCCUUGGCAUCCAAGUCUCUCACUCUUCUGGGUGUUUGUUUCUCUCUCAACGACAAUAUCUGAUUGAUUUAUUGCAGAAGGCUGAACUAGCCGAUGCAAAGGCGAUGAAGACUCCCCUUGUCGCCAGCAGCUCCUUAUCUAGGACUGAUGGAGACCUCCUCCCUGACCCAACUAUGUAUCGCAGCCUAGUGGGUUCCCUUCAAUACUUGACGCUCACCCGCACCGAUAUUGCUUUUGCGGUGAAUAAGACAUGUCAGUUUCUCUCCUCUCCCACUACAGCCUAUUGGGCAGCAAUGAAGUGGAUCCUCAGGUAUUUGAAAGGGACCCUAACUCAUGGUUUGCAAAUUCGCUUUUCUCCCUCCUGUCAACUUCAAGCAUUAUCAGAUACUGAAUGGGCUGGUUGCCCGCUCCAGUACAGAAGCGCCAAGAAACAACACACAAUUGCCCGCUCCAGUACAGAAGCAAAGCUCCGUGCCAUUGUCUUAGCAGUCACCGAAGUUAUCUGGGUUCAGCAGUUACACAUAGAGCUGAAGAUUGUCUCUCCUUCAGCCCCCAUUGUAUGGUGUGACAAUGCUGGUUCUCUCUAUUUGGCUGCUAAUCCCGUGUUUAAAGCCUGA